UGGGGCGCCGCGUUCGUCGCGCCGGGCCUCGCGGGGUCACCUGCCCUCGGGGACCAGCACCAUGGCGUCAGGUUGCAAGAUCGGCCCGUCCAUCCUCAACAGCGACCUGGCCAACCUGGGGGCCGAGUGCCUGCGGAUGCUGGACUCCGGGGCCGACUAUCUGCACCUGGAUGUAAUGGACGGGCAUUUUGUUCCCAACAUCACCUUUGGUCACCCUGUGGUAGAAAGCCUCCGAAAGCAGCUAGGCCAGGACCCUUUCUUUGACAUGCACAUGAUGGUGUCCAGGCCGGAGCAGUGGGUGAAGCCGAUGGCGGUGGCAGGAGCCAAUCAGUACACCUUCCAUCUUGAGGCCACAGAGAACCCCGGGGCUUUGAUUAAAGACAUUCGGGAGAACGGGAUGAAGGUUGGCCUUGCCAUCAAACCAGGAACUACAGUUGAGUACUUGGCUCCGUGGGCUAAUCAAAUAGAUAUGGCCUUGGUUAUGACAGUGGAACCUGGGUUUGGAGGGCAGAAAUUCAUGGAAGAUAUGUUGCCAAAGGUUCACUGGUUGAGGACCCAGUUCCCGUCUUUGGACAUAGAGGUCGAUGGCGGCGUAGGUCCUGACACUAUCCAUAAAUGUGCAGAGGCAGGAGCUAACAUGAUUGUGUCUGGCAGUGCCAUUAUGAGGAGUGAAGAUCCCCGAUCUGUGAUCAACCUGUUAAGAAAUGUUUGCUCGGAAGCUGCUCAGAAGCGUUCUCUUGAUCGAUGAAACCACAAGGAGGCUUAUGUUUCUGCUCAUGAAGUCUCCUCUCUCCUGGAAAAUAAGAAUAUUGACUUCCAGCUCAUAUCACGGUUGAGGCAGUGCUGCUGUUCCGAGCAACUAUUCAUUCCAGUGACUAAAAUCUAUGGUGCAGAAUGUUAUAAGAGGUUAGAAAUCGGUGUGUAUAGCUACAUUUGUAGAGAUGGAAUUUAAAGAUUAGUGUGGUAAAAUACCGUUUUUACUGCGAGACUUGAUUUUUAUAAAGAGUAAAAAUAUGGCUGUAUUAAGGUUAUAAAAAGAAAUGUGUCUUAAUGUCUAAGGAAGGCUUAUUAGCUACUAUGGAAAAAAUGUUUUUUUCUGGAUUUCUAAAAAGAAUAUUUUGCUGUUUCUCAGCUGUUUUCCAAAAGCAAAGGAAGUCCUUGUUUUCCCUGUUUCAUGUCAUUUUUGAUUUGUAUAUGUGCUUGAUAAUUUGAGUAGAAUGGAAUUUAUGAAAAAUCUAAGUUUGGAUCUGGCUGGGAUGGCAUACAUUUUCUUCUUGCUUCUAAAACAUUUAUUUUUCACUUUGCACCUUAUAUUUGAUACAUAAAAACAAUGCAUGAAGCCCAGAAAUUUUCUGGUGGUCUAUUCUAAAACACAAGCAUAGAUUUUAUCAUGGUGUUUUCUUUGCUGGAGGGGCAGGCUCUUCAGUGAUUCCCCCCACCCUUUUCUUAAUCACACCCACUGUUCUUCAGCACGUGAAAUAAUGUUGUGCCUCCUCUGAGCAGAAAGGAAAGGAAAGCCUCUAUUUGGAAGUAAUAUUGAGUUGAAUCCUGACCCUUCCCCUUUCCUGCGAUUUGAGCUUAGAAAAUCACAUCAACCAGCCUCUUUGAGCUUCCUCAACUGGUUUAUACAUUGCAUGUAGUUAUAACCGUGCAGGGUUGUUUUGAGGUUAAAAGAGAUACUAUUACAUAUGUAAAGCUUCCACUGCUAUUCUUGGAAUUGUAGGGUAGUAGAAUUGAGGGUGCUCCUUACAGAGAAGCUGUCAUCAUUAUGUAAAUUAGGUUUUCUAGGUUAU